AUGAGCGAGAAUCCGCACUCAUCGCAAGCAGCCCCGGUAGAUGAGUAUCGGGUUUUGUGGACAGCCCAAAAAAAGCAAAAGCUCAAAAAAUGGCACGACGGAUUCCUCCGAUUUCACAAAUUCAACAAGCGCCUAUUGGUCUAUGAUGACGCUCGGCAUCUUGUGGCGGACAUGUACCUCCGCGGGCGCGACGCAAUCGAAGAAGGCGACGACCUGGAAUUCGAAAACCACCUCGUGACAGUCGAAGAUUUCAAAGGAACCGUAGUCCAAGACCUAACGCCAUUAUUUACGUCCACCGUGAAGCGAAAACAGCAAAUCCAAGUAGCAAAUACCCUCAUAAGCUCGGAAACACCCAACCAGGCGAAUCGCCAUGGACCUUGGGGGCCUAGCAGUCGGAAUGCUACACCGACUCCCCACCAACGUCCCAUGACUGCUGCGGCGAGGUUUCCUCAGACGCCCGUACAGCAAAGGCCAACGAAUAUGGGUAUGAGCUUACAGCAGUCCAUACGGGCGAACAAUAAUAUCCAACAUCCUCAUCCAUAUCAGGGCGGGUCACUAGGUCAAGCUCAAAGCCUCCCCACGAGGAUAGAGCCAGCUCAGAGGUCAAAUAGAAUCUCGAACCCCAAUCCGCCAAUACAGCAGCUGCGGAAAUCAGGUCCGCAAGUAUCAGAUGCAGCUACAUCUUCUACUAGCUAUCGGCCUCCGCUCAAUGCUUUAGGCGGUCCGCCAAGCCCUAAUAGGCGAUUAAACCAGCCCUCCAAGCAACAAGCACCCCCGGGGCCUCCUCAGAACCAUCGGUCCUCCAUUGGGCGCAAGAACGCCCCUUCAUGUCCAGCUCCACCCCAUGUAAACCGAGGGUCUCUCAACUUGAACGGAUUCUCUGAUGCGGUCCGACCUCUAAAGUCUCCCCUAAAACAUAGUAGGACCAAUAAUAUUUUUUCGAAUCCAGCUCCUGUAAACAAAAGCACGCCAGAUCUAGUUAUAGACACAGAUAGUGAUGGUGAGCUAUUUGGGUCCCCACCCGACUUUAGUAUUUCUGCAUCUCCUCCACCCGCCCAAGAAACAGACCUGAGACCUGCCAGUGCCUCAAAGCGGUCAUUGAACGAGUCUAGGAAUCAAGAUAAUGAUCCCCGUGCAUUCAAGCCCCCAUCUAGGGGGAAGACUAUAUCCUCGCCCGAAAAAACUCCAAGCAGGGGCCGGGUGGCUAUGUCAAACACGGAUACGGGUGAAGGCAGCAAUUCCCGUAUAUCUCAACCUUUACGGAACCAGAGGUCUUCUGCUGCUCCCUUGAGAAACCCUCAAGUGGCGGUGGUUGAUAGUGAUCCAAUCACGAGUUCCGGCGAUGAAAGUGAAAAGGAGAAGGAGCCAUUCGAGCCCCUCGUAACUACUGGUAAAAUUCUGCUGGGAAACACCGCAAAACGGAAAAGAACCAAGCUCCUGUGCCAAAGACCUUCUCCGGUGGCCCCAAAAGAACCAUCUAGAGGUACAAAGGACCGGGAGAGUGUAGCUAAAAAGCCCAGAAAGGAACCAGCCUCAAAAGCACCUUCUCCGCCCACGGUUACAGACAAAACCCCGAACGAGGAUGUAGUUAUGGUAGAUUUUGCCGAUGAUGCUCCGAUCCCACCUCCCCCGGCAGUAAAGAAAAGCCUAAGCGCUUUCAAGUUCCAGCCCCCGACAAGAGUUUACCAGAACAAUAGUGGCGAUAAAGGCAAGGGCAUUUCAAACGAUGCGCAGUACAGAAUAGAGGAGAAAGAGGACACGGUUGAAUACCAGAAGGAGCACGAUAUUGGCCCGUGGAGCUCGGAGGCGCUCUUCUUGUUUGAUUGGAGGCCGCCGGGUAUGAGUGAGAAAGGAAAAUAA